AUGGGCAAAAGAGGUAACAAGAAGUCCCGUGGAGAACAAUUCGAAAGCAUUUUGCAAGAGUCCAAACUUAUAGGGAAUGACUGGAUAGAAGUAUGCUCACGAAAUGUCGAGUUCAAGUCGUACCAUUUUGAAAAGGCUUUAUACAAUUUGAUUCUCCAACCAGAAAUCAAUUCCACAGUAUUGUUACGGGCUGAUAUCCUCAGGAAUACCAAGUACGAAUAUCUUGAUGAAAAUGGUAAUAUUAUGGAGACUCCGUUGGUCACUGAGAAAACAACUGAAAGGGAUGAUCACUCGAGAUUAAGUUCGAAACCACUGAACAGAAAGAGAAAACUAAAUGAGGAAGACAAAAUCAUCGAAGGAAAUGAAGAAACAGAAGAAGAAGAACGAAAAGAAGAAGAAGGGAACGAUGUGAUACAAGAGCUCAACCUUGAUGAUAUGCAGCUUCGAGAUAUACCUACGGUCUUAGAUUUCAAACCUAAGCGACAGAUUGUCAGACGGUUGAUUCCUCGUAACCCAUAUAAAGACUACGUGAUCAACCAAACUUGUUUGAUAUAUACCUUGCAAGACUAUGAAGAUCAAGAUGAAUCUCUUUUUGUAGUGUACAUACCACACAUUGAGAGUGGCGAACAAUGUCCGUAUUACUUACCACCGGUGGAAGCGGUGGGGAUUUUUUAUCAUCGUCCAACAAAGAACUUAUCACUAAAUUAUCUUCCAUUUGGAUACAAGGACCCUCAAGUGAUCCGUAAUUUGAAAUCCCUCGAUUCUAACGACAGAACUUUGAGAAUUGCUUUCAGAUUACUCCAAACUGCACAAAAACAUAGUAAAGGGGUGAUGGAUGGGUACGAAAAACGAGUACAGCAUGAUGUAGUUGUCAGCAAGGUGCUUUUUCAAAACAGAUACAUUGCUUUAAAGAAGCAAUACUCCCAAUAUUUGAUUGAUAAUUGGCAGGAGAAUACUGAUCCAAAGAAACAUGUGUUUGAAGAUAUCGCCAUCGCCGCAUUUUUGAUCGAACUUUGGCAAAAUAUAUAUGGUGAUACCAACUUUCAAUUUGCUGAUCUUGGUUGUGGUAACGGGAUCCUUGUUUAUAUUUUGAUCAUGGAAGGAUUCCAUGGGAUAGGAAUUGAUGCCAGGGCCAGAAAAUCAUGGAAAAUUUAUCCAGAUAACGUCUCACAGUGCCUCAAGGAACAGGUGAUCAUUCCAAGGAUCUUGUUGGAACAAGAUCAAGACUACCUGAUCAGUUUACAAAACUCCACGUUCAAGACAGAUCUUCAUGGAACUCAUAAUCAGAAAAAUCUCAAUAAACUUGGGUCUUCAUCUAACGAAAUCGAGGUAGUUAGCUAUAACUCUAAGACAUUGAUGAAUUCCAGCUAUGUUAAUACCGGAACAUUCCCAGAUAACACCUUCGUAAUCGGUAAUCAUUCUGAUGAGCUUACAUUAUGGAUCCCAUUAUUUGGCUACGAUUUCAUGGUGAUCCCAUGCUGUUCUCAUGCAUUAUCUGGGAAUAAGACUCGGUUCUUACCAAAGGCAAACAACAAUGCUGCUGAUUCUAAAUCUACAUAUUCUGGGCUUGUGCAACACACAGAAGAAAUUGCUUCCCAAGUUGGUUGGAAAACCGAAAGAGAAAUGUUGAGAAUCCCUUCUACUAGGAAUUGUGCAAUCGUAGGGCACCAUAAACAACCAGGAGAUCAAUUUAAGUCGGUUGCCCAAGUUUUGGAGCUUGAAGGUGGUGCUGAUGGAUGGGUAGAAAAUACCAUGAGUUUGAUGAAGCGUCCACCCCGAGGACACUGA